GGAUUCGCAAAUGAGGAAAGGAAACCGUAAGAGCAACAAAGGUAGAUUGAUUUAGACUGUAUUUACAAGAAACUAAAGAAAAGAGUAAUACAAAACUAAGAGACAAAGUUAUAUUGGCAAAGAAUGUAAGGUGACAGAUUGACGGACUGAGAUGGAAUCUAAGAGACAUAGACAAACUUGGGAUUAUCAGUAACGGAUCGUCAGAGGUGGAGUUUCUCAAUCAUGGACUAAUCUCUGAGUCUGCUAAUACAUUCGCACACAUAAUUGACAAACACACACACACAUUUGGUUUCCUGUUUGAGUCGUCUUGGCAGUGGACAAGUGUCAGUAUGCAGGAAUCUCCAGGUGCCAUGGGCGUAGAUGGAAGCUACGCCAGCAAUGUUCCCGCAUUUCUAACCAAGCUGUGGACACUGGUGGAGGAUCCAGAUACCAACCACCUCAUCUGCUGGAGCGCUUCUGGGACAAGUUUCCAUGUGUUUGAUCAGGGACGCUUUGCCAAGGAAGUUCUGCCAAAGUACUUUAAACACAAUAAUAUGGCAAGCUUUGUCCGACAGCUCAACAUGUAUGGUUUCCGUAAGGUGGUGAACAUCGAGCAGAGUGGUCUGGUGAAGCCUGAGAGAGACGACACAGAGUUCCAACAUCUGUACUUCCUCCAGGGGCAUGAACACAUGCUGGAACACAUCAAGAGGAAGGUAUCCAUUGUAAAGAGUGAGGAGACCAAAGUUCGUCAGGAGGACCUCAGUAAACUUUUGUAUGAAGUCCAGCUUCUCAGAACACAGCAGGACAACAUGGAGUGUCAGAUGCAAGACAUGAAACAGCAGAAUGAAGUCCUGUGGAGAGAGGUGGUCUCACUGAGACAGAACCACACACAGCAGCAGAAAGUCAUGAACAAGCUGAUUCAGUUUCUGUUCAGCCAGAUGCAGUCCAACACACCCAGCACUGUGGGCCUAAAGAGAAAGCUGCCCUUGAUGUUGGACGAUGGCUCUCCCAGUCCUCCUGCCUCCAAGUUCAGCCAUAAUCAUCCAAUGGAGUCCAUGCACGAACCUUUCUACAUCCAGUCGCCAUCCAGUGAUACUGCUUCCUGCUCUGCUAGUGGGCUGACAGGAGGACCAAUCAUAUCUGAUGUUACUGACAUGUCCCAGGCCAGUAUGGCCCUCCAGAUGCAACCUGAUGAGGCCAGGGAGAAGUGCAUGAUGCUUAUCAAAGAGGAGCCUGUGAGUCCAGGAGUGAGAGGAGCAGGAAAAGGAGGCAGUGUAGGCGCAGGAGAGGCCAUAACAUUGAGCUCCUCCUGUGAAGUCUGCUCCUCUGAACCUCCUGUCCUCCCAGUCGCAAUGGUCCAGUCUGUUCUGGAGGGGAGGGGCUCUGUGGCAUCCAUGGUGGAGAGAAGGAGUAAGAGACCUGCAAUGGACAGAGUGGAGGUUUCAGAUGCAGUUGAGAAUGUGGAUAUGAGCCUGGAGGAACUGCAACAGCUCCUGCUCAGGAGCCAUCAGCAGAAUGCUGUGGAAGCUGGGACCAGCGCUGUUAUGGAUCCCUUCAGUUUAAGCCUGCCUCUGACCGAGUGGAACUUCACAGAGAUGGAGUCCAACCUCAAAUCAUACAUGUUCCAGAACCAGGAAGCGGAGGCUUUUCCAGCUGCUGGCUGUGAGGAACAGUGAUCGAUAUGUGCUGUGGACUGUCUUUCCUGAAGUGGAAGGACCCAGAAGUGGUUGUUCCCCUCAUUAUAACACUCUGCAUGGGUUUGAUCUAAUGGCCCUGCCUGAACAAAACACUGUAUCCUCAGCUACCAGCUCCGUGGGCACGACUGCUGCCUGCAUGAGAAAAGAUGCUGGUGUAAGUUUCUCAGAGUUACCCUAACAAACAAGUGUGUUAUGACAUAUUUAUAUCUAGGCUCCAAUAUUAAGCCAGCUGGAUGCAGAUGGUGCAUUCUUGGCUCCAGCACUUUAGUCUUUGUGUGAGAGGAAGUUCCUGCUUGUGGAAGUGAAUUUUCCCCCCUCUACUGUAUAAAUAAUCUAUUACGGAUGUACAAAUUAAUAUUUUUUAUUAUUUUAUCCUUAUGACAAGUAUACUGUAUUUGUAUUCAAGAGAAAAUGUUGGCAAAAAAAAGGGGAUGAUGUAGCACACUGUACUGUAUAUUACAAGUAAUGUGGUUUUCUUUCAGUCUGUGUAAGGGUGUUAGAAAGUAAAGGGCUCCUCAUGUAUUUCAUACAUUUCAAAUUAUGAUAAAUGUGUUGAGAUACAUGAGACGGAAGUUAUACUUCUGUGAUAUGAAAGGUUCUUCUAGCAAAAUGGUUUCAGGCCACCAAAUCUGAAAAGAAAUCUUUUUUACAUAUCAUGAUAGGAUAUUUUACACCCUGAAGCACCCAUCUAAUGUAUCUUUGCACAGGCCUGACAUGUAGCUAGAGACUUAGAGUUACUUCUCUUCUGUCCAUUUAAAUGUGAAGUUUAAAGGAAAUAUUGAAAAAGAUAGACUUCUCAUUUAACACAACCAUGAACACCACUGCAUUUUUGCACAAUCUGUACCACUAGUUUUAGUUCUGACAAUAGGUCAUUUAUUUUCUGUUUGUAGAUGACAAACAAAUGCAUGUCUAACAGAUACAGCAGAUACCGGCCUCAUUAACAGAGUUUUCCAAAACUCAGAAGCAAAAUGUAGGCCUGGAGACAUGAUGUCUCUGAAUGUUACUGUAUUCAUCUGGAAACAAUGACCACACAUUGAGUUAGGACUUGAGUGUGCAUAGAAAAUAGAAACACAGAAACAAAGUAAAGACAGUGGGAUGCUACUUUUUGUACUUUGUAAAAAAAAGAAAAGAAAAAAAAGACAUUAUCCAACUGUCCAGGAGCCAGUCUUCAAAAGAUUUCAUUAUGGUUGACUCUGUUUGAGUAAAUGUAUGGUUGUGUGGUUACUUGAGAAUUGAAGUUAUGGAACCAUAAAUGAAAGAUAACUAUUUGACUAUUAAUGUAAAAUAUUAGUCCUCAUCACUGAUUGCAGGCAACAGUUUAAAGGCUGACUUAAUGAUAAAUAUUCCUCUGGGAAACUUCCUUGGGAUGAGUUGAAUCGUGCAAUACUGUACAGAACUGUGAGAACUCACAACAUUGCAAUACAUGGAUGACCGUAGGAAUGUAGGAAACAGUAACUGUGAGUGUUGGACAGGAACACAGCAUGGUUAUAUGCACUGAGAAGGAGAAUACUAGCAUGUGAGUCUAAAAGCCCUGCAAGCUCUUUACGGUGAGCCGGAAAAAAGCUUCAACCACUGGUUUAAGUUUUGGGGAUACACACACACCAGCUAAGCUACGAUGUAACUAAAUCAGAACCAUUUAAUGCAGAACUAUUAAUACAGCUGCAGGAAUGUUUUCUGUACAACAAGUAACUGGACAUGUUGUCCCAUAUCUGUAUCUAAAAGCCCAAUUCAGAUGAGAACAAUUUUAAAUAACUGGCUUUCUGACCAAAAAUGUUAUCUUCAGAGUUAAGCAAGGCUAAAAAUAAAAGAAAUGAUCUGCAUUAGCUUUCAAAAAGACCUUGCAUUUUUUCUAUUAUGUACCUUUGAAUCGUGUACUAGUAAUACUUAUUUUGACUUCAAUGACUAUAACUUUCUUAUUAUAAAUAUGUAACUUUGCAUUGAGAUUGGUUUCAAUGUGAUUCUGCAAAAGUUAAACCCCUGAUAUAGAAAUUAUUACAAUUUAACUUUUCUCUAAGAAUGAUUAGCUAAUUGCUGAGUUCACAUUAUGAUUAUAUAAAAGACAUUAUAUUUAAAUAGCAAAAUUAGAAAGCUAAUGCAAACUUCCCAUUGCAGGUUAACAUCUUUGUGUCACACAUUCCUUCUCUGUGCAUACGUUGUUUAAGGGAGAAAAAAGAAGCUGUGGUGUAUAACAAGUGAAAUUGCACUAAAAAUCACAGUUGUAUGAUAUUUGAGAGUAUACAGUACAUUUUAGACAUAGAAUUUAUUUUUGUUCCUCAUGAUAAUAUGAGUGUUGAUGAUUUUUUCAAGAGUGAUGAAUACACACAUUCAGUUGCUGUUGUGUUCUUAAUUUAUUCUGUUUUCCAUUUUAAUAAUUUGCACUGGACAUGAAUGGAUGUGUGUUCAAAUGACAUUUAUGCUUGUCAGGAUUGCAUAUAGAUAAGGAAGUAUUUGUGUUUCCGAGUGAGAAAAUAUCUGCUGUACUAAAGACUGGCCUCCCAUAUUAUUUCCAACGAACAACAAUACGCCGUAUAGUUAGCAAAACCCUUUCUUAUUACAAGCGUACAUGCAAGUUCACUUGUUGUCAACAAAGACACACAGGUAAUCUUAGUGCUUGAAUUAUUUUGAAAGUGGACGCCAACCUACUGAAAAUGUGAAUUGUUUUUGCAAAGACUAAAGUGUAUUGUUACAGAGAGUCAAAUAAACUGAAAAUGUAUUCCACCUGUAUAUGAACUUUUUAAGUUGUUAAAAAAAAUAAAACUGAAAUA